AUGCACUACGUCCGGGACUGCACCUAUACGAAGCACGUCUGUCGGGACUGCAAGCAAACCGGCCACAAAGAAGGACGGAAGUUCCUAACGGUGGAUAUCAACGGGUCUCAAGUCACUCUGCAGUUGGACAUCGCGUCCGACAUCACCAUCGUUUCGAAGAAGCAGUGGAAGAAGAACCUGGGCUCGCCAACGCUGACUCCCACAACACGGACUGCCCGGAUUGCGUCGGGUGACGCUUUUCAUCUACUUGGUGAACUCCGAUACCCAAUCAAACUCGGAGGUGUCACCAAAACCGCAACUUUCUACGUGACCAACAACUGCAUCAACCUGAUUGGUCUGGACUGGAUCGAGCUGUUCAAGCUGUGGGACACCCCGCUACCUGCAACCACGUCCACGUUGCCGAUGGUCAAUCAAGUCCAAGUUCAAGAACGGCCUCGGACACUGCUAGAAGAUGAAGGUCCGACUCUAUCUCAAUGGGCUCCGAUCGUCGUAGUGAAGAAGCCCGGAGGAAAAGUACGAAUCUGUGCCGAUUACUCAACUGGACUGAACGCUGCCCUGGAGCACAACAAUUACCCGCUACCGGUCCCUGAUGAAAUCUUUACCAAGCUCAAUGGGUGCCGGUAUUUCAGCGUCGUCGACCUAAGUGACGCCUAUCUUCAAGUGGAAGUUGACGACGACUCGAAGCAGCUGCUCACAAUCAACACGCAUCGAGGUCUCUUCCGCUUCAACCGGCUCGCACCAGGAGUAAAAUCCGCUCCCGGGGCCUUCCAGCAGUUGAUGAACAGCAUGGUUGCCAAUCUCGAAAGAGUGGACACGUUUCUGGACGACAUCUUCGUGGCCAGCAAAACCGAAGAGGAGCACCACAAGAUGCUCAACGCACUGUUUCAACGCCUUAAAGUCUACGGUUUCGUUCUGAGGGAAGAAAAGUGCAACAUUCUGCAGCCGUAG